AUGCCAGAACAUCCUGUGGUGGCUUUGCUGCGGCAGUUGAUGAGUAUCCCUUCCACCAGCGAAGAGGAGCAUGAAAUCGGCGUCUGGCUAACGAAGCACCUCUCAAGCCUCGGCUACACCGCUGAACUCAUUCCGAUCAGCGCUGAGUCAAGCCGAUGCAACGUCUACGCAUACCUCGGAAGCGAUCGCAAAGCACGAACCUGUGUAUCCUCGCAUAUGGACACGGUGCCACCCCACAUUGACUUUCGCAUGGAGAACGGCGUCAUCUAUGGACGAGGAGCUUGUGACGACAAGGGACCACUAGCAGCACAGAUUCUGGCGGUGGAGGAAUUACGUGCUGAAGGCGCCAUCCAGGACGGUGAUGUCUCCAUGCUUUUCGUGGUAGGCGAGGAGAAGGGUGGGCCGGGCAUGCUCGCAGCCAACGACAUGGGUCUCACGUGGGAAGCAAUCGUGUUCGGCGAACCGACUGAGAGCAAGCUGGCUACUGGUCACAAGGGACAUUUCGUGUUCGAGCUCUUCGUCCAGGGUAAAUCUGCGCAUUCUGGAUACCCUGAAAUGGGCAAGAGUGCGAAUGGGAGUCUAGUCGAAGUGCUGAAGGAGCUAAGCUGCUUGCAGUAUCCAGCAUCCGACCUCCUAGGGCCAUCAACGUUCCACUGCGGCAAGAUGCAUGGUGGUGUAGCGUACAAUGUUAUUGCAGCUGAGUCAUACGCCCUUUGCGGUGUACGAGUGGCUGCGGACCUGCCACGAAUUGAAGGAAUGGUUGGAGACGUCGUCGGCAGAUAUCCCAAUGUCGUCCUGACGAAAAGCUUUUCUUACUCGGAAACAUUGCUGGAUCACAACGUCGAAGGUCUCGAUACUAUCGCGGUUUCAUUCGGCACAGAUGUUCCGCGGCUGAAAGGCAGCCACAAGAGCUACCUGUACGGGCCCGGAUCGAUAUUGCAUGCGCACGGUGAAAACGAGCAAGUGAAGGUCUCAGAUCUUAUUGAGAGUAUAGCGGUCUACAAACAGUUGCUGCAGCUGUCGUUGAAGACCAAGACAUAG